GAGGCUGCGCGCAAGCGCGGGACCUCCUUUCCUCAGUUGCCGCUAAGGUGCUCGGUCCUUCCGAGGAAGCUAAGGCCGCGUUGGGGUGAGGCCCUCACUUCAUCCGGCGACUAGCACCGCGCCCGGCAGCGUCCGCUCAGCACUCGCCCGCACUAUGGCCUCCGUCUCGGAGCUCGCCUGCAUCUACUCGGCCCUCAUCCUGCACGACGAUGAGGUGACGGUCACGGAGGAUAAGAUUAAUGCCCUCAUUAAAGCAGCGGGUGUGAAUGUUGAACCUUUCUGGCCUGGCUUGUUUGCAAAGGCCCUGGCCAACGUCAACAUUGGGAGCCUCAUCUGCAAUGUAGGAGCUGGUGGCCCUGCCCCAGCAGCUGGCACUGCGCCAGCCGGAGGUCCUACUCCUUCCACCACUGCUGCCCCAGCUGAGGAGAAGAAAGUGGAAGCAAAGAAGGAAGAAUCUGAGGAGUCUGAUGAUGACAUGGGCUUUGGUCUUUUUGACUAAACCUCUUCUAUAAGCUGCUCAAUAAAAAGCUGAACUCUUG